UCGUCUAAACUCAGUUUCCCACAAUUCUUCUCGGGUUAGGUUUGACGUUUCGCACUGAUCUGUCGUUAACAGACAGAGUUGUUAGCAAACGUUCAGUGUUUGUGUUUGGUAGGAGAAGGAUGGGGGUAUCAGAUUUAAAGUUAGACAGAAAUGCGGGACCUGUGGUGGAUCUUUCUGCCCGGGGUUUGCAGAAGCUUGAGUCCAGUUUCACCUGCUCUGAAGACACUCACACUCUCAUCCUGGACCGCAACCAUAUCAUGAAACUGGACCAUCUGGAAAGGAGCCCAAGCCUUCAGCAGCUCUCAGUUGCAAACAACCGUUUGGUGAGAAUGAUGGGAGUGUCUCGGCUGACGGAGCUACGAGUCCUCAAUCUUCCCAAUAACAGUAUUGGCUACAUCGAGGGGCUGAGAGAUCUCCCUCACCUGACGUGGCUGAACCUGUCUGGUAACAAUAUAAAGGUCAUUGAGCAACUCAACAACUGUGUUUCCCUCAAACACCUGGACCUGUCUGACAACAACAUUUCAGCCCUUGGUGAUAUAAAUAAACUGGUGGCACUGAAGACUCUCCUGCUCCAUGGAAACAACAUAACCACGCUCAGAACUGUUCCCACUCACCUGCCUAAUCACUUGUCCAUUUUCUCAUUGGCAGAAAAUGAGAUUAGAGAUCUCAAUGAAGUGUCAUACCUGGCUUCUCUCCUUGAACUGGAGCAGCUCUCGAUCAUGAGCAAUCCCUGUGUUUUGGCCACUCCUUCUCUGCCAGGAUUUGACUACCGGCCUUACAUUAUGAGUUGGUGCCUAAAUUUAAAGGUCCUUGACGGCUACAUAGUAUCUCAGAAAGAAGGGUUGAAAGCUGAGUGGCUGUACAGUCAAGGAAAGGGGCGUUCAUAUCGACCAGGUCAGCAUGUGCAGCUUGUUCAGUACCUUGCUACUGUUUGCCCUUUGACCUCAUCACCAGCUCUGGAAACCGCAGAAGAUGCUAAGCUGGAGAGGAUCCUGAAUAAGCAGAGGUUUCACCAAAAACAGCUGUUGGAGCAGGCUCAGGCAAUCUGUCCCAGUCCGCCUCGUCCAACUCAUCUCAAUGUAGAGAAGCACAGUCCUUCAGAUGUAACACAAAAAGAAGAAAGCAGAGAAUGUGACACUGCAUCUGGACCGGCUGCAGCUCCAUCAGUCCCAGAGACAGAGCCAGUCGUGCAGUUCAAUACGUGGGUUAGCUGCGAUUCUUCCCACACACCGUUGCCAGUAGUUGGCAGCAGUAGGAUCAGCGAGGAGCAUAUGUGUUUGGAGGAUGUUCAGACCGAUGAAGAAAAACUCCAGGACACACUUCUGUCUUCAGAGUCCACCUUUCUCCCUGUCCAGUCUGAUCUGGAGCCACCAACGCUCCAGUCUGAUAGUGAAGAUGAAACAGAGACAUUUGAACCAGAUUCCUUGGCACCAAAGAGACCGGCUCAGACCAAGAACCACACCACGGGCAAGAAGCACUGCUCUCCACUAAUGGAAAAGCAAGAGAGGAAUGUUGUUGAAGAUGAUGCAACUUCGGGUGCAGCCGGAAUAGUUGCCUCUCCUGGUCCCAGAGAUUCUAUGCAACAAGAUGAACUGGAAAAAUCCACAGAUUUUUAUAAAGCUGAGGUGAAAGAGACAACUAAGCAGGAAGCACAGGCUGGUACAUGUGUCAACAAAUCAGUGGACAUGGAGAGGGCGGCAGUCAAAAUACAGUCCUGGUGGAAGGGACACUACACUCGAUUUGGUCACCCCAUAGCCAGAGAAGUGCGAAGCGAAAUCCGCCAACGCAGGAUGCAAGAACACAUCCUGUUUCUAUAUGAGAAGCUUGAUAGGUAAAGAAAACUGAAAAGCUGCAUAUGGCUGCUUCCUUUUCUGUGGAAAGAGCUCCAGUCCAUGCAGCAGUGGAAGAAGUCUGUGGAGCAGCAGCUGGCUCAUGUUACUCAGUCUGCUGCUCUGGUCCAAGUUUCACCUCCACAACAAUGUAACGCUUCCUACCCUGUCACCUCAAGUACAACAAACCCACACAGUUCAGAAGUCUCCUUCCCAGACUCGGGCUUCCAGUCGACAAGCGGUCAACAGGUGGUGUUGGAGGACAGCUUCCGGAGCAGCGGGACAGAAGACUCCCUGAAGACGGUGCGAACAAUGAGCCCUGUUCGUAGCUGUAUUGUAGACAGUGGUGAUGGUGUAGAGAGUUCAGACUGCAGUCUGCUGGAGCAGUACCUCUCCUCUGUACAGCAGAGGGAUGAGGAGGCCGAGGAGUCGUGCAGUGACAGAACAGAAACACCACAGGUGUCUGCUCCAGUGUCACCUGGUAAAAUAGAGCCACAACAGAAAGAAAACAAAGCACAAGAAACAGAGGAAGACAGUGUUGGCCAUGUUACAAGAUUGAGUCCUUUGUUUAAUGCGUGAAUGUGUUACGGUAAAAACUCACUGUCCACAACAUUGUUACAGUUUAAGACCACGUUUGAAAACACUAUUUUCACUGUUUACUAAAAAUCUAGAAACAUACAAAAACAGUUACUGACAUUCAUGAGAUCACAUCUCUUCUUGCCCAUCAGUAAAAGAAAACAACAAUGCAAUGCCGCAUUGCUGCUUCCAUCCAAGCUUAGUGAUAUAAUUGGCUACUGAUACAUCUUUUAAAAUAAAGCACAGUUAUUUCAAGAAUUCAACUUCUACAGACUCCAAAAUGUGAAGCCUUUCUACUAUAUUGUUGCUAUGUGAUGAUAAUGCCUCUGUGCCUGCACUUACUCUGACACACCCAUAUAGCCGGCCUGUGAUAGGCUCUAAGUGUAAAAGGCUGUUGGUGAAGUAUUGAUAUUUGGAAGACUCUAGUUUUCAUAUGCAUUCAAAGACACAGUCCCGGUGAUUGUAUGUAAGAUGUUUCUAUUCAUAGCAGCGUAAGAGUUUUCAUCUGUUUUCAUCUGAAAGUGUAACAGUAAGGAUGCCAGGGUGUUUAAUGCUGCAACUCAAGUUAUUGCACUUCAGUUUGAACCCAAGUAUAUAAAACAAACAAUAUAGAAUUAUAACAUUUUUGAUGAUCACACACAGUUUGAAACUUCUUUAAACUUACCUUUUGGAUAUCUACUACAUUAAUAUUAAACUAUAAGAGUAUAAAGCAAUAAAUAACAAGAAUUUCACAUGGCAAACAGCUGAUCACAUAUGUUAACUAUGAAUGUAUUAUUUGUUGACCUAAUCUGUCUGAUAAAACAAUUCUUCAUUCCUUGUGUGUAUAUAAGAUGUAUUAACUUAUUGUCUAAUGGCUUUUUUAUGUAUGUGUGCUAUUUUGAAAUAAUUCCAGCUACAGAAAAAAACUCUUAAUGCUAACAGUUAUAUUAUACAUAUUUAAGAUUCCCAUUUUGCUGUGUUCAGUGCUGAAAUAAAGCGUUUUGAUAUAAA